AUGUGGAUGCUCUUUUUUCCUAUUUGCGGUUUGAUUGUUGGAAUUGAAUCUGCUGCUACUGUGACAUCUCAUCAACUUCAAAUGGAAGCAAAUGCUAUAUUGAAUAGUGGAUGGUGGAAUGUGUCUGAUGCACGCUUCAUUAUUCGUGAUCGUUGUAAUUGGCAAGCCAUAACUUGCAACGUGGCUGGAAGCAUAAAAGAAAUUGUCAUAUACAAUGAUGAUUAUGAAAAAGUUGCGUGGGGGAAUGAAUUUCAAACACGCAAUUUGUCUACUCUCAACUUGUCCUGUUUCAACAAUCUAGAAACACUUGUUAUAAGCUCAGUUGAACUACAUGGGACUAUCCCUAAAGAAAUUGGUCAUCUCUCUAAGCUCACUUAUCUUGAUUUGUCAGGCAAUUAUCUUAAUGGUGAGCUACCUCCUGAAUUGUGGUUGCUAAAAAAUCUCACUUUCUUAUAUCUAUCUUACAAUAAAUUCAAAGGUGAGAUACCUUCUUCCCUAGAAAAUCUAAAACAAUUAGAAGACCUUGACAUCUCUUACAACAACCUUAAAGGUCAGCUACCUCCGGAAUUGUGGUUGCUAAAAAAUCUCACUUUCUUAGAUCUAUCUUACAAUAUGUUCAAAGGUGAGAUACCUUCUUCCCUAGGAAAUCUAACACAAUUAGAGGACCUAUACAUCUCUAACAACUAUAUUGAAGGUCAUAUUCCUUUUGAGUUGGUGUUCCUGAAAAAUAUGAUUACAUUUGAUCUAUCUAACAAUAGACUCACUGACCUUGAUUUCUCUAGCAAUUAUCUUAAAGGUCAAGUAGGAAAUCCCAAACAGUUACAACUAUUAAACAUCUCUCACAACAACAUUCAAGGUUCCAUUCCUCUUGAGUUGGGGUUCUUGAAGAAUCUCACUAUAUUAGAUCUAUCUCACAAUAGACUCAAUGGAAACUUUCCUAUUUUUGUUUCAAAUCUUACACAAUUACAAUACCUUGACAUUUCCCAUAAUUUCCUUAUAGGUACGCUUCCUUCCAAUUGGUUUUCAUCUAAUAAUUAUCUACUUUCCAUGGACCUCAGUCACAACCUCAUUAGUGGUAAAAUCCCUUCUAAUAUUGGAAAUUAUUACACACUUAUUUUAAGCAAUAAUAAUCUCACUGGAACAAUUCCCCAAUCUCUCUGUAAUGUCGAUUAUGUGGACAUUUCAUACAAUUGUUUGGAGGGUCCCAUUCCAAAUUGUCUUCAGGAUUAUACAAAGAAUAAGGGAGAUAAUAAUCUCAAUGGAGCAAUUCCCCAAUCUCAUUGUAAUCACUCUAUAAUGUCUUUCCACCAACUCCAUCCUUGGCCAACACACAAGAAAAAUAUUAAAUUAAAGCAUAUUGUUGUCAUUGUUCUUCCGAUCCUUAUUAUUCUAGUCCUAGUCUUCUCACUUCUCAUAUGCUUGUAUCGUCAUCAUAAUUCAACUAAGAAGUUGCAUGCAAACUUAACAAAAACAAAGAAUGGAGAUAUGUUUUGUAUAUGGAAUUAUGAUGGGAAGAUAGCAUAUGAUGACAUAAUCAAAGCAACGGAAGACUUUGACAUGAGAUAUUGCAUUGGAACUGGAGCAUAUGGAAGUGUUUACAAGGCACAAUUACCAAGUGGCAAGGUUGUUGCCUUAAAGAAACUUCACGGCUAUGAAGUCGAGGUUCCAUCUUUUGAUGAGAGUUUCAAAAAUGAAGUGAGAAUAUUAUCAGAAAUAAAGCACCGACAUAUUGUGAAGCUUUAUGGAUUCUGCUUGCACAAAAGAAUCAUGUUUUUGAUCUAUCAGUACAUGGAGAAAGGAAGCCUGUUCUCUAUCUUGUAUGAUGAUGUAGAAGCCGUGGAAUUCAAUUGGAGAACAAGGGUUAACACUAUUAAAGGAGUUGCAUUUGCUCUUUCAUAUCUUCAUCAUGAUUGCACUGCUCCAAUCGUGCAUAGAGAUGUAUCUAGUAGCAAUAUCUUGCUAAACUCUGAGUGGCAGGCCAGUGUCGCUGACUUUGGCACAGCUCGACUCCUUCAAUAUGAUUCAUCCAAUCGAACAAUAGUUGCUGGAACUAUUGGAUAUAUAGCUCCUGAGCUUGCUUAUACAAUGGCUGUGAAUGAAAAGUGUGAUGUAUAUAGUUUUGGUGUAGUGGCACUUGAAGCUUUAGUUGGAAGGCACCCUGAGGAUAUAUUGUCAUCACUUCAAUCAAAUUCGCCACAAAGUGUCAAACUAUGUCAAGUAUUAGACCAGCGUCUUCCACUUCCAAAUAACGACGUAGUUAUACGUGACAUAAUUCAUGUUGCCGUGGUUGCAUUUGCAUGCUUAAAUAUCAAUCCUCGUUCUCGACCAACAAUGAAACGUGUCUCACAAAGUUUUGUCACGGAGCUCACACCAUUAAGCAUUCCUUUGAGUGAAAUUUCAGUGCAACAACUCACGGGUCAAGAACUGAAAGGAUUAUUUUAUAUUGGGAACCCCUGAAAGAAAAACUUCAUAAUGAAUUAAUUUGGGUGUGUUAUUAUUCAAUGUUGACAAAUGCUGUAAAAUUUUGUUGUUCAGAUAUCUCAAAUAUAUUUAUAAAUGUCUUCAUGUUUUCUGAUUUUGAAUAAAA